AGUGCAUACUACAAAAUUAAAAGUCCCUAGGGUUCUCUACUUCCCUAGUGUCAGUUGUUAAUAUUUUUAUUGUUGUUACAAAAUGUAAAUGAUAAUUCUAAGGACUUGUUGAUUGGAUAUUUAUAGGUUUAAAGUCUGCUGGAAGAGAAAAUGAAUGCCGGAUGUUGGAAAUUUAACGAGGAAAAUAGGGCAGUGUAUAUUGACAGGGAAGAUGAAUCCGAGGAGCAGAAAUUGAAAAAUAUGUACAGUAAUUGGGAUCAGUUACCAGAUAUUUUGCUCGAGCAAAUAUUUUCCUAUUUGACGAUUCGCGAACGAUAUUAUGCAUCGUUGGUCUGUCGAAAUUGGUAUCGUGCCUUUAAAUUACAAAGUGUAUGGUCAAUUUUUACACUUGAGGACACAACACUCACGAGGGGAAAAUUUAAUUACUACAGCGGAUGGCAAUAUGUUCUUGAUCAUAUGAGAAUAUCAGCAUGUUUGAAUAAAGUUGGAAGACACUUUCGUUGCCUUAUAUUUGAGCCAAUGUUAAAUUUUUACAAUUUAUAUGAAUUUAUGAAUAUGGUGAGCUGGUACGCUGAAAAACAGGGCUCGGACAAUACUUCAGUUGCUGGUGUGGGAAAUCAUAUUCGUCGAUUGAAAUUUACAUUUUAUUGUAAUAUGGCGAACAGAGAUAAUCCUGAUCGUAUUAGAGUAUUUGGAACCGGUGGCAAAUUACUUGAGGCCUUAAAAAGAUUAAUGAUUAAUUUAAAAAAUAUUAAAUCUCUUGAAUUGAUUGACUUAAUGCUUGAUAGUAAAGAAGCUCUUUUUCUUAUGGAUGAUAUUUGCGCCAAUUGUACAGAAAGUUUAACAAAACUUAUACUCAUUAAUACUACAAGAGAAUUUUGUCCUCUACUACAUGUUGGCGUAUUUCUCAAUUUACAUACAUUGAUUAUUAGUCCUCAGAAUUUACAUGAAGACGUUGUUGAACUUAUUGGACACACAAAAUUAAAUCAUCUUCACAUUGUACAAAAUCGUUACAGUCCAAAGGACUCGACAAUACGUUUGCCGAAAAAUUGUUCUUGGGCGAGAAUGAGAUUAAAUAAUCCAAAUUUGAAAGUUCAUUUUGAGAUAGAAUGUCAAAAAUCAAGUGAUUUGGCAUUAAUUGCCGAUUUACUUAGUUACAAAUCAAUUCCCGUUCACAGUAUAAUUUUGGAAAGUGCGAAAUAUCAGGUUCCUAUGUCUGCGAUGAUCGAACAUGGAUUAUGUUUUCAAAUGUCUUUGAAAGUUUAUGCAAUUAAAGGAUUAUCAAGAUAUUAUUUACCGAAAAAUUUUUCAAAACGCAUUGAUCGAGACAUCGUUAGAUUUUGUCGAUUAUGUCCAAAUCUUACUACGCUGAUGAUUCAUGAUAAAAUUUCAACUUCCACGAUUCUUGAAAUAAUAUCGACAGCAAAACAUUUGCAAUGUUUAUACGUGAGGAGAAAUGUAAUUUUAAAAAGAUUUGACCGCGAUUGGUCAAAUAUCACUGAUUGGUCAAAUGAACAUUACCAAUGGAUAAAAUCUAAUUCAAACUGUUAUGAAAGAACUGAAGAAGAAGUUUCAAAAGUGUUAGGCUACAGGUGGAAGAUGCUUUCAGAAAAAGAAUUUAAAAAUCAAGAAAUUCGUUUGCAUAUUUAAGUUAAAUCAUUUUUUUUACCCUAAUCAAAAAAAUCAUAUAUCAAUAUCAUUUAUUAUUACAAGGAACUAUUCUAGUCAUCAAUUGGAUUGUUAUAGCUUUUUUUUUUAGAAAAAUAAUAAACAUUGUUUUCUAAUUUAUAAUAUAGUAUUUUUUUAUUAAACUUAAUGUACAAUUAAGAAAAACAAAUUUGAUACCAAUAAUUUUUCUAAAAUAUAAAAACUAAAUUUAAAAAAAAGAACAAAUAACAUUUAAUGUUUUUUUUUAAUUAAUAAAAAAAGAAAAACUAAAUUCAUCUG